AUGGAGAACGACAUUCGACGCACAGAAAUCACCAGUGACCUCAAAAAGGCUUUUGGAGAUGGGCCCUUUGAUGUUAUGAUUGCGGGGACGUUCGAUUUGAUCCAUCCGGGUCACAUCAAUUACAUCAACGAAGCUGCGCAGUAUGGACGAGUCACAGUGAUUAUCGCGAGAGACUCUGUCGUGAAACAGAAUAAGAUGCGAGAGACUGUCUUAGAUGAAGACAUGCGGCUCGUUGUUGUUGGUGCUCUUAAAGGCGUCGAAAAUGUCGUUCUUGGUGACGAAGAUCCCCAAAAAUGGUAUCGACCGGUUUUGCAGUACAACCCUCAUCUCUUUUUAAUGGGGGUAAACCAACCGGGCGACUUGACUAAGUUCCAAAAGGUAAUUCGUGACAUGGGCGGAAGAACCAUCUUCAAGAGAUCGUCUUGUCUCGUACUGGAAUACUCUCUAAAGUCGUCGACGAUGAUCAGAAAAAGGGUGGUGGAUGUCGAGAACGAGAGUAAAAGUCCAAGUCCGAAGCCUUGUUCGUAUGAUUGA